AUGAUUCGGCUCGUCGUUGACUUAAGUCAUCACAUGAUUGAGCAACGCAUAAUAUGCACAUGUGACGAGGUACAGGUAGGUAAACUAGACGAAAGCAUCGACCGUCAAGUAAACAACGUCACCUCACCGUUUGAUAUAUUUCGUGGCAAGACAGCCGGUUGA